GAGCCGAGCCCAGCCCAGCCGAGCCUAGCCGAGUCGAGCCUAGCCGAGCCGAGCCGUGCUGUGCCGUGCCCUGCUGUGCCGGGCCGUGCCGCCCGGUUCCGCUGCUCUCCGCCCCGCGCCGCCCCUCCGGGGGGCCGAGCGGCGCGUCCACCUGCCGGCCCCGCCACCCGUCAGUCCCGCCAUGGCGCUCGGCGGGGUCGGUCGCGGCGCGGCGCGGGCCGCCUGGCCCCGGCUGCUGCUGGCGGCGGCGGCGGCGGCGCUGGCGCUGGCGGGGCCGGCGCUGCCCGAGGUGCUGUUCCGCUGCCCGCCCUGCACGGCGGAGCGCCUGGCCGCCUGCCCCCCGGCCGCCCGCCCGCCCUGCCCCGAGCUGGUGCGGGAGCCGGGCUGCGGCUGCUGCCCGGUGUGCGCCCGCCUGGAGGCCGAGGCGUGCGGCGUGUACACGCCGCGCUGCGCCGCCGGCUUGCGCUGCUACCCCGACCCCGGCGCCGAGCUGCCCCUGCAAGCCCUGGUGCAGGGACAGGGCACCUGCGCCCGCCGCCGCGACACGGCCGAGUACGGCGCCAGCGCCGAGCGCCCCGCAGAUAAUGGUGAUGACCGGUCCGAGAGCAUUCUUGCCGAGAACCACGUGGAUGGCACUGUGGGGAUACUGAGCGGAGCUGGUGGGAGGAAGCCCAUGAAGACAGGCAUGAAGGAGCUGGCAGUUAUGAGGGAGAAGGUGAAUGAGCAGCAGCGGCAGAUGGGCAAAGUCAGCAAGGCCCAUCACAACCAUGAAGACUCCAAAAAGUCACGGCUGUCGACGGGCAGGACCCCUUGUCAGCAGGAGCUGGAUCAGGUCCUGGAACGCAUAUCCACUAUGCGGCUGCCAGAUGAGCGAGGUCCCCUGGAGCACCUCUACUCCCUUCACAUCCCCAACUGUGACAAGCAUGGCCUGUACAAUCUCAAGCAGUGCAAGAUGUCUGUGAACGGGCAGCGCGGCGAGUGCUGGUGUGUGGACCCAAUCCACGGGAAGGUGAUCCAGGGUGCACCCACCAUCCGCGGGGACCCCGAGUGCCACCUCUUCUACUCAGCGCAUGAGCAGGAGGACCGGGGAGCACAUGCCCUGCGGAGCCAGUAGACAGACAUGAUCCUGCUGGCUGGAGGUGGCUCACUGUGGCCCCAGUGCUGGAUUUUACAUGGUUUUCAGCGUGUCUCUUUAGGCUCUGGAAGAGACUGGGGUUGGGUCCUGCGUGCUGCCCUCCUUCCUCAGCUGCCUGAUUCCUGGGGAAGGGAGGGAUUACGGGAGGGGAAAGGCGGUGGGGGGUUUGCAAGGAGAAGGGACUGCUUUCUUAGUCUUUCACCCAACAUAAACCAGAGAACCGGUCUUUUUUGCUCCUCGCCCUGCAGCCCUGCCGUCCCUGCUGCUUCGUGGCAUCUUCCUCUACCCUCCAGCACAGAGUGCCAUGUGCUCCCUGACCCCUCCCAGGGGGCAAAACCCUUUGCCAUGGGUGGGAGUGAGUGAAAAAAACAAAAGAAAAAGCCCAGCCUUUGCUCCUCUUUUUCUCCCUUCCCCAAUACCAAAGACUGUAAAUACUGUCGUCUGCCUCUUGUGUCCUGCUGUCCCCCUGUCCCCCAGCCCAGCCAUCUGUCCUGGCAUGGGAUGUGGGGUGGGAACAUACCACCGCAGUUGGGACGUGUUCCCUAAGGAAGCCUUGGUGAGGGAAAGGGCUAAAGAUGAGACAGCUGCUCACCUCACCCCCUAAAAACACUCCUGGGUGCUUCCUUUCCUGGUGCUGGGGAACAGCCAACUCCAUAGGGACUGGCUUCAGCCACUGGUCCAAGAGCAUGGGGCCUUUAGGUGACGACAAAGCUAAAUGCUUGUUUUUCAAGGGGAUUUGAAGGGCUUUUGCUGAGUAUUUCUUAAGAUCAGCUUAUACUGAGGGAGCUAAAAUGAACUUGCUGAGGCUGGGUGGAAGGAUGCCUGUGUAGAUUUAGGAUAACAAGCCAGGGAAUGUCUCUCUCUUUCUCUCAUUCAUUUUUUCUUUGUUUCUAGAUAGGAAAAAAACAAAACACAUCUAAAACCUGCGCUCCCAAGCAGCUGCCCUUGUCCCUCCAUUUUUGCUUGGGACUGGAGUGAGCAUCUGCUAUUCAGCAUAUAACUUUUUCUUUUUGUAAGUAAAUUACAGUAUGUAUCUUGCUUCAUAAAGGCCCUGACAUACACACACACUCCUCUGCCCACAUACACAUUUGUAUUGAUGAAAUCCAAGUGAUUCCAGGUGCUCUGAGAGGUUUUGCGCUGGACAUGCUGUUCUGAGGAGAGAUGUGUCUCUGCUGUUAAUUCACCUGUUGAUUUCUUUCUGUACAGAACACACCGAUGCUGAGAAUAAAUAACUUCCCCAUUGCCUAAGCAAGGAGAUUUUAUUAUUUUCUUCCUUCUCUUUUUUUUUCUUUUUUUUAAAAUAUGGAUACCCUUUGUAGAGCAAUUGCAAAAAUCCUCUCCUAAGAGUAAUAAUAUUGGGCUUUCUUUAAAUGGUUUAUUGCUUUUUGCCCUGCUUCUUGGACCCACAUUUCAGAUCCCAAGUGUGAAGGGCACAGGUGGGCUCUGUAACUUAAAGCCUUUGUGACUUUUUAGAGGUUUGGACAUGGCAGUGGAGGAGACAGGGGAAGGACCCCCUUUGGAAAGUCAUGGGGGGCAUAUGUGGAUGUCUACGACUGGGAGCAUGAGAGAAGAAGAAAACACCUCCAUGCGAAACCAAGUAACUGUAAAACUGAUGCUACCUGUUUUCUGUUAACAUCUGAGGGUGUUCUGCUUUUUCAUAUAAACCUUGCACAUGCUGGCUCUCAUCUGAAGUUUAUACUUUUUGUUUUGUUUAGGAAUAGGGAAGUUUUCUUAUGUGUUUGUCUUUUUCUCUUUUGAAAAAGUUGAGCUGCAGAAAGUUGGAAUAAAUUAAAUGGGAUGCCAGAAAACUGUCAUCUUCCCUCUCCCCACUGUUCACAGGACAUUUCCUUGCCUGAUGCAUCACACACAAACUUGGCCCUGUUCAUCCUUUGUCCAGGUGGUGUUGCAAACCCCAGGCCUGACAGGCAGCAAUGGGAGUUUAGCUUUUCAUCGUUACUGUCCCAAGUUGUAUGAGCAGGGAGGAACUGGUGUCACUCAUCCUUUGGCCAGCUGUAUUCCUGCUACACACGUGGGACCUUGUGAAUCUACAAAAUGCAACUAGGCCCUUGAAUCAGUAUCUGGCCAGUAUUUGUGUGGAGACUCUCUCCCUGCCUGACAGCAGCUAGAUUUGGUGGAAAGAGGUGGUUGUGUUCCACUUUGCUGGGUGGAGAGGAUGGCAGUGUGAAUGUCCUGUCCAACAUGAUGUUCAUGGAGCUUCCUGAGCUGCUGGGUGGCUAUGUGAGAGUGGUGAUUUCCUGCUCCUUGAGCAGGGAAGCAGCUUUCCAAGGCAAGCUCCCUCCUACCCAGUGCAGGGACCUUGGCAGAUGCUUGGGCAAAGGCUGUAAGGACAACUCCCUUGUUGUCUCUCUGCUCUCUCCAGCUUCCCAGCCUUGAUACUUCAGGGGCUUCUUGAGCUGAUAGUUGCAUCCACUCAUGCUGUUUCUGAGCUGGAAGAUGGGCCUGUCCUCCGUGAAUCAUCCAGGUUCCUUUAGGUGUCUUGCUACAGUUUUGGCCUCCACUACACCCCAUGCAAAGAGUUCCUCAGCUAAGCAGGAUGAUUCAGGGAGAAACUGCAUGUGGUUUCCAUGGAGGACACUCCCAAGGACUCUCCCCUUUGCUAGCACAAGGAGAGCAAAAUCUGAGCUGGCCAGAAAGCUGACUAUAGUGUUUCCAAGUGAAGCCUUUUCCCAGAACAGGCUGUUGGGAAGGUGCAGGGAGGUUUGAGCUGUGUGUGGGACCAGAGUUUGGUUGAGCUGCUUCACCCAUGGGGCUGUAGAGACAGGUCCCUUGAAGGUUCUGCACCUUCUCCCAGGGUGAGAAGUGCUGCCAAAGGGAGUGUGACAGCACAGCUUGGUGCUUGGGCCACCACAGGGAGGCAAAGAAUAACUAAUAAUAAUAAUAAAACUCCACACUACAUUCAAUUAAAAUUGCAGCAUUGAAGGAGAGGCCCCAUGUGGCCCUGACAUCUAGCAUCCAGGUGGCUGUGGUUUCCCUUUGGCCUCCACAAAGGGAGGCAAAACUACUGGGCUGUUUCCCCUUCUGUUUAUUUUCCAUCCCCUGCCAGGAGGUUGAGUGGGACUGACACAUGCUGAGAGGCUGGGCAAUUGUGGGGAGCACAAGGAAAAUGCCUGGGGGCAGUAGGUUGCAGGGGAGGGGAAGAGGACAGGCAGGAUGUGGGGUAGCUGAAGGUGGAUCAGGUGAUGCUGGGAGUGGGGGGGAUGCCAAGUGCACUGUAGGGCACAAGGGACCUCCUGGCCAGGUGCUUCCCAGAGAGGUCUGAAGGUGACAGAGGUGCCUGAGCCCAGCCAUGCCAAGGGCCACCCUCCAGUUCAGGGGCUGGAGGUGAACAAACGGAAGCCCGCAAUCCAGCAAAGGGUGCUUGCAACUGGCCAGGGACCUUACAGAGGGGCAGAGGGAGACAACAGUAAGGCAAAAGGAGCAAAAAGCUUCUGGUUAGGCUUCCCUAGGGUUGUGAUAUGACCUUAAUGUCUGGAUAUGUCUGUGCAUGGGUUAGAUGGUUGUCGUUGCUUUGGGGUUUCAUCUGGGCCGGAUUUGUGCCAUCUGCCUGAUGGGGCACGAGGUCAGGCAUUAGGACUGUGCCAGCUGCAAGCAGGACUCUAGCUGAAACCCCAGCAGCUGUGGUGUACGCACACAGAGGUAUUUACACUGGCAAGUGAAUAUUUUCUUAAGAGUGGGUUGGGUUGGAAGGGACCUUAAAGAUCAUACAGUUCCAACCCCCACCCCGCUAGACCAGGGUGCGCGAAUGGCACGGGCAGCGGCGGCACCUCGUGGCAGCUGCGGCGCCGCGUGGCUCCUGCCCCGUGAGGUGCAGGCUCAGCCUUGUGGGGUGUCCAUCAGGGAUGGGGGGGCUGUGUCAGCACCAGGUGGUGCAGAUAGGAUGGGGGAUGCAUGUUAGUGCAGCCCUGACAACCCACGGUCUCCCCAGUGCAGGGGCAAAGGGGAUAGUUUUGCCUCCCACCCUGCUCUGGGCACGAGAGGAUGAUGCUGGGCAGUUGAAUGGAAGGGAAGAGGGGCACAGAAGGAGGGGGAGAUGAGGGGGUGAGUGGGCUGUGUGGGCAGUGGGGGAGGGUCAGAUCUGACACUGGGGAGGGCACAGGGCAGUAGGAAGAGCCACCAAGGGCUACCACAAGGUGAUGACUAUAGCCUGGCUGGGCUGCCCCAGGGAUGCUCCUGCACACUGGGAUAAAUCUUCCAGCGGCCCAGUGAGGUCUGAGGCUCAAACAUCGCAUCUGAUCCGAAGCUGUGGGGCUCAGUUUGCGAUAGCAUUUAGGAGCUUAACAUCACUGGUUGCCAGGUACUUUCUCCUGGUAAGCUUGCUGAAUGUGCACGCUGUGCCCCACCGCCACAUUCAUGCAAAGAAAAUUCUGAAAAAAAUAGGGUAGCUCUGCUUUUAUGAUACUCUAAACUCAAACCUGCAAUUUUACUGCUCAUCUAGCUUUUGAUACUGGUAUCAAAAGCUCUUCUAAACCAUUGUGUCCAUUUUGCCCCAUGCCUUGUACCUCCCCAGGCACCCCCAUGGAGCUGGAUGAGCCCUUCAGAGGGCCCAACACCACCAGCUGUGGAAUGCUCGGGGCUGGAGCAGCUCACUGGCAGGCCCCAGCACACAGAUGCUCCACAAGGGUCAGGCAGAAGCUAACUGAAUGCAUAACUUUAUUAAAUAAAUGCUUUGUCAUGAGAAAAGACAAAGAUCAAAGAGUAACAUAAAUUAUAAGUUGAAUAAAUAGUAUACAGCAAUCUUCACUUUUUAAUAAAAUGUGAGAUUUUUUUUUUAAGUACAAAAUGCUAAACAGAGCAUUAAGCUCUUCUUCCAUUGUCAGUUUUUCACAAACUGCUUUUUUUUUUCCCACCAGUAAGAUUAUGAGUAUUUCUUGUUUACUGGAAAAAAAACCAAAACAACAAAAACAAAACAAAAACGAAACAACAGAGCUACCGUAUGUAUGUAAAGCUAUAAAAAGCUACCGUAAAAUGUGUAGUGAGUAUUGCUUAAAGAUAAAAACCAGGCAGGAAACUCGGAAUCUGGUGUGUUUUUAACAAGUGUGUUACAACGGUGGGUAACGUGAGCGGUGACGUCUGUCCCGGUGGCAGUGGCAGGGGGCUGGUGGGGCUGGGGAGGGGGGCACAGUAGGCAGGGCUCCUAGCCAGGGCCAGGACAGGGGUCUGGAAGCGAGGUGAACUGUUGGUCGUUAAAUAUACAAUGCUCCAUUGGGGGGGG